AAUAGGCCUGUUAGCCUAUACUGGCUUUUUUUCAGGAUAAAAAAACUGGAUAAAAAAAUACUGGGCAGCUGGUGACACUCUGGAAAGCAACAUGGCUGUAUAAUAGUACAUAAAUGCAGAACAUGAAUUAAAUCAGUUGAAACCUCUCAACGUAAAUGUUUUUAUCAUUAUGCUAUUCUAAUAUUGUCUUCCAUUAACGGCUAAAUUAUUCAAAUGGCAUUGAUUCUUUCUCGCAUCCUCGUCGUUGUCAGUAAAACGCCUUUACAGUAGGGGGCGACACUAACUGAAUUCUAUCAUGUCAACCAAACAAGAAGAAGACAGCUCAGCAAACUGACAUUAUGCCAGCCGGUAUAUGAAAUUUACGUGAGAGGUGUUAAAUGUUGCAGAAUAGGACCAUCGUAAAGACCACGCACUUAACAGGGCACGGGGAGAGGCGGUGAGAGAGGAUGAGUGGACGCAAGAGAGGAGGCCGGCCCAAUCGGGGAGGAGGACGUUUCAACAAGCCCCGUGGACGAGGAGGAGGAGGUGGGGGAGGAGGAGGUGGGGGAGGAGGUGGGGGAGGAGGUGGCAGGAAAGGAGCUAGCAGCGGUUGGGAUGAUGGUGAUGACUUCAGCCUCAACAUGGGUCCGGCACCCUCCCAAAAACCCCAACGCGGCGGUGGAGGUCGCGGAGGAGGAGGUCGUGGCCGUGGGAGAGGGGGGCGUGGAGGUCGCGGGGGUCGUGAGGACGGCAGAGGUCGUGGCGGUGGAGGUGGCGGUGGAAGAGGGAGAGGGACGUCUCAGGCUCCGUAUCGCGGGCGCAGCAGCCCUCGGCCGGACGAGGAGAGGCGGGCGCAGUUCAAGACGGAGCAGCACGCCCCCCUGCCGCUGCAGAAGAUCCACAUGACGUCGGAGAACCAGCUGCAGGUCAAAGAGCUGCUGAGAGAGCUGCAGAGCCAGGAGUACAGCGGCCAACACAGUGAGUCAGGCUCAGACUACGACUAUGAGGAAGAGGAAGAGGAGGGUGAGGAGGAGUAUGACGAGCUGGACGUGCGUGAUGAAGGGCAGUACUGGAGCACACGGGACCAAGGGCUGGACAGCGCUCAGACGGACGAGUACGAGCUCGAGGAGGAGACGGACAGGGACGCACACACACCCGAGCCCGUCGCCUCUCUCUUCGCUCUGGGAACGCUCAGCAGGUAUGGCUUCGACCGUGAGCGCAGCCGGCGUGUUUUGGAGGCGGGGCCAGGCGAGGUGGGCGGGACCCUAGAGCUCCUCCUCCAGCAGCUGUUCUCGGAACGCUACGGGCCAGACGCGCUCUCCCCCGCCACGACUGACCCUCCGUCGCCCGCCGACUGCCACAGCGUCCGUGACGAGGAGGCCUUCGCGCUCGACGCCAUCUACGGCGACCGCUUCGUCCAGCGCAUCGCCGACCGCGUCUGGACCGUCGACAUACAGCUCGACUGGCUCUCGGCGGCGGCCACCGCCCAGAGCUCGGCCAGAUCGACCAAUCGGGGCAAGCAGGGGGCGGGCUCGUCCUCCCAGGUGUGUAAGUUCUACCUGAAGGGCGCUGGGUGUAAGUUUGGCGAGCGCUGUCGGUUCCGGCACCAGCUGGCGGGGGACGAGCAGGCUCCGCUGGCCCCGUUGCAGGGCUCCCAGGCGGGCUUCAGCAGCGACGACACCCCCCUGUACCAGCUGGAGGUGCGUUUCCCCCCCGGCAGCCGCUACCCUCACCAGCCCCCUCUGGUGGCCUUCUGCACCAACGACGCCUCUCUCUCAGCCGCUGGGCGCCUCAGCUUGACUGAGUACCUGUUCGGCCUAUCGCUGAGCGCCGCGCAGGAGGCGGAGCCUGUGGUCUACACGCUGCUCUCCACCCUCGAGGAGGAGCAGCCAAUCAGAGACCUGCUGUCAGUCACGCAUCACAAGUACAGCUCCCCGCCCCCAGUGAUCGCCCCGCCCCCGACAAACAUGACAGCAAAGACCAAGAAUGGCCGGACCAAUCUGCCUCCCGCUCCAACAACAGUGUCCAAGCCAACCGCUGGCCCGACAACAGUGUCCAAGCCAACCGCUGGCCCGACAACAGUGUCCAAGCCAACCGCUGGCCCGACAACAGUGUCCAAGCCAACCGCUGCCCCGACAACAGUGUCCAAGCCAACCUCCGCAACAACCAAUAGUGUCAGAAACAGACAACAGGAAGUGGAGAGUGUGUGUGAGGAGGAGCAGGAGGAAGAGGAGGAUGAGGGUGAGGAGGAGGUGCGGGCCGUGCCGGUGGAGAGUGAGAGCUAUGUGAACUUCAGGAAGAGGAUGGAGAGGAGGGUGGAGACCAGACCGCAGGACAUGGAGCAGGACAACAAGAAGCUCCGCAGAGACUUCAAGAGGAAACAGUCGUCCAGGCGGUACCUGUCUCUGCAGCAGCAGCGGCACAAGCUGCCCGUGUGGAAGGAGAGGCGGAGCAUCCUACACACUCUGGAGGAGAACCAGGUGCUGGUGGUCAGUGGCAUGACCGGCUGUGGGAAGACCACUCAGAUCCCGCAGUUCAUCUUGGACGAAUCUCUGAGUGGUCAGCGUGUAGCCAACAUCAUCUGCACACAGCCGCGACGUAUCUCGGCUAUCGCCGUGGCAACCCGCGUGGCCGAGGAACGGGCAGAGCCGCUGGGUAACUCCACAGGUUACCAGAUCCGCCUGGAGACCGUGCGGUCCUCCAGCACUAGGUUGCUGUUCUGCACCACUGGUGUUCUUCUGAGACGCUUGGAGGGAGAUGCAGAGCUGAGUGGAGUCACACACGUCAUCGUGGACGAGGUGCAUGAACGCACUGAAGAGAGUGAUUUCCUGCUCUUGAUUCUGAAGGAUCUGAUACUGCAGAGGUCAGAUCUGAAGGUCAUCUUGAUGAGCGCCACGCUCAACGCAGAGCUCUUCUCAGAGUACUUCCACGGCUGCCCCUCGGUCCACAUACCAGGACGUACAUUCCCUGUGGACCAGUUUUUCCUGGAGGAUGCUCUUGCUAAAACAAGGUUCGUGCUGGAGGACGGCAGUCCGUACCGGCGCUCCUCCAAACCCGGCGGCCAGUCCAGCCGUGGUGGAGCGGGCAGUAAGGGCCGGGCCCCGCUCGAUGACACGGAAGACGAUGACGGUUGGUCCUUCGGCUCGUUCGCCAGGAAGGACGCUGUGAAGGACACCAUCCCUGACGAGCAGCUCAGCUUCUCGGACCUCCAGGUCCGAUACAAGAGCUGCUCCAAGUCUGUGCUGAAGGCACUGGCUAACAUGGACCUGGAGAAGAUCAACAUGGACCUGCUGGAGGACCUGCUAGAAUGGAUAGUGGAUGGAGAUCACAGCUACCCACCAGGUGCAGUGCUAGUGUUCCUCCCUGGCAUGGCAGAGAUCAAACAGCUCUAUGAACAACUUCAGUCCAACAGGAUGUUCAACAAUAGAACAGCCAAGAGGUGUGCCGUGUACCCUCUGCACUCCUCUUUGUCCAAUGAGGAGCAGCAGGCAGUGUUUAAUCGUCCACCAGAAGGAGUGACCAAGAUCAUCAUCUCCACCAACAUCGCCGAGACCUCCGUCACCAUUGACGACGUGGUCUAUGUCAUUGACUCAGGCCGCAUGAAGGAGAAGAGGUACGACGCCAGCCGUAGUAUGGAGAGUCUGGAGGACGUGUGGGUGUCUCGUGCGAACGCGCUGCAGCGUCGAGGUCGAGCGGGCCGUGUGGCCUCAGGUGUGUGUUUCCACCUGUUCACCAGCCACCGCUACACACACCACCUGAGCCCCCAGCAGCUGCCGGAGAUCCUGCGCGCCCCAUUGGAGCAGCUCUGCCUCAGGGUGAAGGUGUUGGAAGUGUUUGCCAGGCGUUCGCUGGACUCUGUGUUCUGUCGUCUGAUCGAGCCCCCGUCGGAGGAGAGUCUGGGCGCGGCGCGGCAGCGUCUGAGUGACCUGGGCGCGCUGACCUCCGAGGAGACGCUGACCCCUCUCGGGUGGCACCUGGCCUGCCUGCCCGUGGACGUGCGCAUCGGCAAGCUCAUGCUGCUGGGCACCAUCUUCCGCUGCUUGGACCCGGCGCUCACUAUCGCCGCCAGCCUGGCCUUUAAGAGCCCCUUCGUGUCUCCAUGGGAUAAGAGAGAGGAAGCGAAUGAGAGGAAGUUGAGUUUUGCUUUGGCCAACAGCGACCACCUGGCCCUGCUCCAGGCCUAUAAGGGCUGGUGCACGGCUGCAAAGAACAGCACGAGCGCAGGAUACCAGUACUGCAGGGAGAACUUCCUAUCCGCACGGGGACUACAGGAGAUUUCAAGUCUGAAGAGGCAGUUUACUGAGCUGCUGUCGGACAUUGGCUUUGUGAAGGAGGGUCUGAAGGCCAGAGUCAUCGAGAGGAUGAGCUGCAAAGGCACUGAUGGAGUACUGGAGGCUACAGGACACGAGGCCAACCUGAAUGCUGACAACACCAGACUGAUGUCUGCCAUGCUCUGUGCCGCUCUCUACCCCAACGUUGUGCAGGUUCGUGCUCCGCAGGGUAAGUACAAACAGACGAGUAAGGGAGCGGUGAAGAUGCAGCCCAAAGCAGACGAACUCCGAUUCCUCACCAAGAACGAUGGCGCUGUACACAUCCACCCCUCAUCAAUCAACUACACGGUGCGUCACUAUGACAGUCCGUACCUGGUGUACCAUGAGAAGGUGCGUACGAGCCGCGUGUUCAUCCGCGACUGCAGUAUGGUGAGUGUGUACCCGCUCGUGCUGUUCGGGGGCGGACAGGUCAGCGUUGAACUCCAGCGUGGACAGUUCAUCGUCUCCCUGGACGACGGCUGGAUCAAGUUUGCUGCCGCCUCGCACCAGGUGGCAGAGCUGGUUAAGGAGUUGAGAUGGGAGUUGGAUCAGCUUCUGGAGGAGAAGAUCAAGAAUCCCAGCAUGGACUUGAUCACCUGUCCCAGAGGCUCACGCAUCAUACACACCAUCGUCUCACUUAUCUCCACACAAUAACACACACACACACACACACACACACACACACACACACACACACGCUAACACAGACCUGAUUACGUGCGCACACAUUACAAACACUCUAGUCUACCAUAGUCUCUCUCAUCUACACACACACACACACACACACACACACACACACACACAAACCCUGAUCACAUGCGCUGUAUGUCCACAGUACCACUGAUGCCAACCUUGGGUUAGCAACACAACUGGUCAGCGGGGCAUCACUGGCAUGGUGCAUGUAGUGAUUGGCACAGUGGCACAGUGCUGUACUCAGCUGCUCUUUCCCUUUAGAGCCACCAGGCCUGUCAGCUACAGCAGGCUUCAUCUAUCAACUAUACAGAACACACACACACACACACAGUGCCACAGUGCUGUACUCUGCUGCUCUGUCCAGGCGUCUGUCAGCUACAGCAGGCGCAGGAAGCCAGACCAAGAGGAAAGACCCUUGAGAGGAGAUGAAUUUAAAGACGUCACACUGAUGUGUGUGUCAUUUAUACUCAUGAGAGUUUAGGUGUUUACAUCCUUUAAGCAUCUGGGCCACAAUCCCACCUGCCCUCCUCUGUUGCCAAAUGUAUCUGAAUUCAAGUUGUGCACACUUUUUUGUGUGUGUGUGUGCGGCUUUCAAGCCUUUGUGGAUUACAGCAGGUUUAUAAAACAAGAAUGAGAUGAUGAAUUUAAAGACUUGACGUGUGUGUGUGUGUGGCCAAUGAGGUCAUGUUUUCUAUGUAUUCAUACUUGCUUGUGUGAUCAAGAGCACAAGCUAGCAGAUAGCGGCGUCCAUAUUGGAUCCGGAGUUUCCUUCAUGAGUUCCACUUAUUAUUAUUAUUAUUAUUAUUAUUAUUAUUAUGGGAUGCAAUGGAUGGUCUGUUUCCACACAUACACAUGAUGGUAUUUAAGUCUGAAAGAGCUCCUUUAAACACAACACACACGCCAUGGAUGGACUACUCAAGGGCCAUCUGUACUGUGCGUUGUAUUAAAGUGAGGUCUUAAUAAAUAAAUGGGAGAAUAAACUCUCAAUUCUACUCCAAAA